AUGCCUCGCACCCACCGCUGCACCACUGCCAGUGGCGCCGUUGCCAGGAAAGUAAGGAUUGCCCCCCCAGCUGUGCGCCCGCGUCUCCUACCCGCCCACUUGUCGCUUGCCUACCUGAACCCUCCCUGCUAUCCUUCCCACCAUGGCGUUCAUGCCCUCCUUCCCUACUCCGUCGCUCCCCACUCCACUCCCCUCCACCUCCGCACCUUUAACUCCUUGCUGACAUCUGCCUGCCCCACUGCACCCACUCCCUCCCGCCACUUCUCUCAUCUCCGCACCUGCUUCUCCUCCACGCAUUCUUCCCCUACACCGACGCCCACUCCCUCACGGAUUCACCACCUUCUGCCCAAGGACUCACCGACCCUCUGGCGUAGGCGCACUAUUAUCGGGGCAACCUGUGCGGAAGCUGAUGACGUGGCGGAGGUGUGCGAGAGGCAGGUAGCUGCUGCUGGUUGCCCCAUGACGGUGCUGUUCCCCAGCAGACGAGCAGCAGGAGGAAGCGAUGCGUUGUGGCUGUGGAUGGGGUAG